AUGGAUCAACAGCGAUUCUUGCAGCAGCUGCAGAUCAUUCUGGAUCCCUCUCUGGGAAACCUGAAGGAGGCGACCGGAGUUCUGCAGAAGGAGUUCUACAACAAGCCCGAGGCUCUUGUUUUCCUGGUUCAGAUUUGCACCACCCACGAUGAUUCAAACCUGCGUCAGCUCGCUUCCGUGGAGUCUCGCACCCUUGUCUCCAAGCUCUGGUUGAAGGUUGCCGCCGACCAGAAGCCCCAGAUUCGGGAACAGCUGCUUCGCUCUACUAUGAGCGAGAGCUCUAUCAUGGUUCAGCACUCCAUCGCUCAGAUCAUCUCCGCUAUUGCGAAGAUUGAUCUUGUCGAUGGCGAGUGGGCUGAUCUGCCCAACAUUCUCCUGCAGGCUGGCAACAGCGGUAACGCCGCCGAGCGUGCGGUCGCUAUCUACAUUCUCUGCACUAUCUUGGACACUAUUGGUGAAGGCUUUGAGGAGAAGUUCGGUGAGCUUUUCGCUCUCUUCAACAAGACUAUCCGCGAUCCCGAAAGUGCCGAAGUCCGCAUCAACACUCUCAUGUCAUUGGGCAAGCUCGCUAGCCAUCUUGACUCUGAGGAAGAUGAGGCCCCCGUCAAGGCUUUCCAGGAACUCGUUCCCUCUGCCGUUGCCAUCCUCAAGGAUUCCAUCGAGAAGAACGAAGAGGACCACAUCCUCCAGUGCUUCGAGGUCUUCCAGAACCUCCUCGGUUUCGACCCUGCUCUGCUUACCGUCCACCUCAAGGACUUGGUGAUUCUUAUGAACCAGAUCGCCGCCAACACUGAUGUCGAUGAGGAUGUUCGCACACAAGCUAUCAGCUUCUUGAUGCAGACUGUCCAAUACCGUAAGCUCAAGGUCCAGGGUAUGCGCAUCGGUGAGGACCUCACCCGCACUGCUCUUCAGAUCGUCACUGAGCUCGGCGAUGUUGCCAUCGGUGAUGAUGAUAUCACCCCUGCCCGCUCUGCUCUUGGUCUCCUUGACAUCCUCUCCCAGAGCUUGCCCCCCAGCCAGGUUGUUGUUCCUCUGCUCCACUCUCUGGGCCAGUACUUCAACAGCGCGAACCCUGACUACCGUCGCGCCGGUAUCAUGGCUCUCGGCAUGUGUGUUGAGGGUGCUCCUGACUUCAUCAGCACUCAGAUGAAGGAUAUCUUCCCCAUGGUUCUCCAGCUUCUUGCGGAUCAGGAUCCCAAGGUCCGCCAGGCUUCCUUGCACUCCGUUGCUCGUCUCGCUGAGGACCUCGUUGAGGAUCUUGCCGCUGAGCACGCUCGUCUGAUGCCCCUUUUGUUCCAGAACUUGGCCAGUGCCAUGCAAGAGUACAAGGGUGAGGAGGAAGGCCCCAUCCUUGAUAUUAUCAAGGCCGGCAUCAGCGCUAUCGAUGCUGUUGUUGAUGGUCUCGAUGAGAAGGAUGUUGCUCCUUACCAGGCUGAGCUCGUGCCUAUCCUGCACAACCUCUUCAAGCACCCCGACUUCAAGAUCAAGGCUCUUGCUGCCGGUGCCCUUGGCUCCCUCGCCUCAUCUGCCGGUGACUCUUUCCUGUCCUUCUUCGACGACUCUAUGCACCUUCUCCAGGAGUACGCUGCCGUCAAGGACACCGAGGAUGAGCUCGACCUCCGCGCUAGCGUCACUGACUCCAUGGGUGAGAUGGCUGCUGCCGCUGGUCCCGAGCGUUACCAGCAGUACGUUGAGCCUCUCAUGCGCGCUACCGAGGAGGCGCUCCACCUUGGCCACUCUCGUCUCAAGGAGAGCACCUACAUCUUCUGGGGUGCCAUGGCUAAGGUUUACGGCGAGCACUUCACUCCCUUCCUUGACGGUGUCGUUAAGGGUCUCUUUGACUGCAUUGAGCAGGACGAGACCGACCUCGACGUCGAUCUUGGCAGCGCUGCUAAGGAUCUUGUCGGCCAAGAAGUCACCUUCAACGGUCGCAAGGUCAAGGUCGCGAGCGCCGAAGAUGAGGAUGAUGACAACAUCGAAGAUGUUGACCUGGAGGAUGAGGAUGAUUGGGAUGACAUCACCGCCACUACUCCUCUCUCCCUCGAGAAGGAGAUCGCUGUUGAGGUCAUCGGUGACCUUGUCACCCACACCCGCAGCUCUUUCCUGCCCUACUUCGAGAAGACCAUUGAGCACGUGAUGCCCCUCUGUGAGCACCCUUACGAAGGUGUUCGCAAGAGCACUAUCAGCACUUUGCACCGCUCUUACGCCAUGCUCUUCACUAUUGCUGAGGAGACUGGCCAGAUGGCCAAGUGGCAGCCUGGCCUUCCCCUCCAGGUCCAGCCUGCUAAGGAGGUCCAGAAGUUCGGUGAGAUCCUUAUGACCGCUACUGUCAAGAUGUGGACCGAGGAAGACGACCGUUCUACCGUCGCGGAUAUCAACCGCAACAUGGCCGAGAACCUGCGCUUCUGCGGUCCCGCCCUGAUCUCCAACGAGACCAUGCUUCACAACGUCAUCACGAUGGUCACCGACAUCAUCACCAAGCAGCACAUCUGCCAGGUGGAGUUCGGCCCUGAGGAUGAGGCCCUUGAGGCCGGUGAAGAGACUUCCGAGUUCGACUGGGUUGUCGUUGACACCGCCUUGGACGUUGUUUCCGGCAUGGCUGCUGCCCUUGGCCAGAGCUUCGCUGAGCUCUGGAAGGUUUUUGAGAAGACUAUCCUCCGCUACGCCGGUAGCACCGAGUCUCUGGAGCGUGCCACUGCCGUUGGUGUCCUUGCCGAGUGCAUCAACGGUAUGGGUGCUUCCGUGACUCCCUUCACCGGAGUCUUCCUGAAGCUUCUUCUUCACCGUCUUGCGGAUGAGGACCCCCAGACCAAGUCCAACGCUGCCUACGCCGUUGGUCGCUUGAUCCAACACUCGAACGCCGAGGCUGAGAUCUCCAAGGAGAUCCCCACUAUCCUCAGCCGUCUCGAGUCUUCCCUCCAGAUGAACGUCUCCCGUCUCCAGGACAACGCCACUGGCUGCGUCAGCCGCAUGAUCUUGCGCUACCGCGACAGUGUCCCCGUCAAGGACGUUCUUCCCGCCCUUGUCAACAUUCUUCCCCUGAAGAACGACUUCGAGGAGAAUGAGCCCCUGUACCGCAUGAUCUGCCAGAUGUACAAGUGGGAGGAUGCUACCAUCCGCGAGCUCACUCCUUCCCUCCUUCCUGUCUUCCAAGCCGUCCUGACCGGUGACGAGGACCAGUUGGAGGACGAGCGCCGGGCGGAGCUCAUUGAGCUCGUCAAGUGGCUCAACCAGAUGCAAGCUGGUGCCGCCCCCUGGGUGGAGCAGCUGUAA